AUGUUCUCGCCGGGUUCGCUAGCGCGGGUUUCACAACUGGUGGCUAAAGAAUCUUAUUAUUCAUCGAUUACGAUUUUCGUUGACUGUUCACUGUUUAGGGAACGUUCCAUGGAGCAGAUGCUUGAAUAUGGAACGAAGGUUGUGGGAGGAGUGAAUGUCAAAAAGGCUGGCGAAAAGCACAUGGGUUUGCCGGUGUUCCGCGAUGUUAAAGAAGCUCGUGAAAAGACAGGAGCUCAUGCAUCCGUGAUCUACGUACCCGCUCCCUUCGCGGCUGGUGCCAUUGACGAAGCGAUUGACGCUGAAAUUCCUCUAGUCGUAUGUAUAACCGAGGGGAUCCCACAGCAAGACAUGGUUCGUGUGAAGAAUCGUCUCAUGAAACAGAACAAAACUCGCCUUCUGGGUCCGAACUGUCCAGGAAUAAUAUCGGCGGAAGAGUGCAAAAAUAGGCAUUAUGCCGGGACAUAUUCACAAAAAGGGUAUUAUUGGUAUCGUGUCACGGUCUGGUACGCUCACAUAUGA